CCAAGGGACAGCACUUAACGGCAACACACACGUUGCACGUGACCGGGAGACGCUUUCCACGCCUGCUGCUCUCCUCGCUAGCCGGACCUCGCGAGGGGUACUGAUUUAUCGCCGUUGUGUUUCAUUUCCUCGGCUUCCUCUCCUUCCCUCCUCCCCGAUUCGCCCGAUUUACUCGCCGGCCCUUUUCCCUCUCACUCUCUGCGAGCGCCUCGAACCGGGAAGAUGGUGAGGGGAAGAGAUGCCUGUUGGGAGCACUGUGUCUUGGUUGAUGCAACAAGACAAAAGGUUCGGUGCAACUAUUGCCAGCGGGAGUUUAGCGGAGGAGUUUAUAGGAUGAAGUUUCAUCUAGCUCAAAUCAAGAACAAAGACAUAGUCCCAUGCACGGAGGUCCCGAAUGAUGUUAGGGAUCUGAUACAAAGUAUAUUGAGCACUCCUAAGAAACAGAAGACUCCCAAGAAGCCGAAGGUAGAUCGGGCACUUAAUGGUCCACAAAAUAGCUCUUCUGCUAGCGGUGGUUUUCAUCCUAAUGCUGGAUCUAGCGGACAACGUGGGAGCACUUGUCCAUCUUUGUUAUUUCCACGUCCUUCACCAAGUGCACAGCCAGCUUUGGAUGAUGCUCAAAAGCAAAAGCAGGAUGAUGCUGAUAAAAAAAUUGCCUUGUUUUUCUUCCAUAAUUCUAUUCCAUUCAGUGCCACCAAAUCCAUCUAUUAUCAGCCAAUGGUGGAUGCCAUAGCGGAGUGUGGGGCGGGGUAUAAAGCUCCAAGUUAUGAAAGGUUGAGAUCCACUCUCUUGGAAAAAGUGAAAGGUGAAGUGAAUGACAACUAUAAAAAGUUUAGAGAUGAUUGGAAAGAUAUGGGUUGCACGGUUUUGUCUGACUGUUGGUCAGAUGGUAGAUCCAAGUCACUUAUAGUUUUCUCAGUUACAUGUCCUAAAGGGACUCUAUUUCUUAAAUCAGUAGAUGUAUCUGCUCAUGCAGAUGAUGCCCAUUACUUGUUCGAACUGCUUGAAUCGGUUAUUAUGGAGGUUGGUGUGGAAAAUGUUGUUCAGGUCAUCACGGAUAGUGCAGCCAGCUAUGUUUAUGCGGGAAGGCUUCUCACAUCCAAGUACCCUUCGUUGUUUUGGUCCCCAUGUGCUUCUUAUUGCAUCGAUAAAAUGUUGGAGGAUAUCAGUAAGCAGGAAUUUGUGGGUACAGUCAUGGAGGAGGCGAGGAACAUCACACGAUACAUCUACAGUCAUGCAUGGAUUCUAAAUAUGAUGAGAAAAUUCACCAGUGGAAGGGAAUUGAUUCGACCAAGAAUUACUCGAUUUGUAACGAAUUUUCUGUCCUUAAGGUCCAUUGUAAUUCAAGAGGAUAAUUUGAAACAUAUGUUUUCCCAUCCGGAUUGGUUAUCAUCUAUAUAUAGUAGAAGACCUGAUGCCCAAGCCAUUAAAUCGUUGCUAUACAUGGAGAGAUUUUGGAAGUCAGCACGUGAAGCUGUAAGCCUGUCGGAGCCGCUUGUAAAAGUAUUGAGGACUGUCGAUGGGGACAUGCCUGCCAUGGGUUAUAUAUACGAGGGCAUAGAAAGGGCUAAAGUUGAAAUCAAGGCAUUCUACAAAGGGAUUGAAGAUAAAUACAUGCCGAUUUGGGAAAUAAUUGAUAGGAGAUGGAAUUUGCAGCUGCAUUCCCCAUUACACGCGGCUGCAGCUUUUCUUAAUCCUUCUAUUUUCUACAAUCCAAACUUUAAGAUUGAUUUGAAGAUGAGAAAUGGCUUUCAAGAAGCGAUGAUGAGAAUGGUUACUGAAGACAAAGAUAAGAUUGAAUUCACUAAGGAACAUCCCAUGUAUAUAAAUGCACAAGGUGCUGCUCUAGGGAGUGAGUUUGCUGUCAUGGGAAGGACGUUGAACUCCCCAGGUGAUUGGUGGGCUGCCUAUGGUUAUGAAGUCCCCACAUUGCAGAGAGCAGCAUUACGGAUACUGAGUCAGCCUUGUAGUUCUUACUGGUGCAAGUGGAAUUGGAGCACCUUUGAGAACAUACAUACCAAGAAACGCAACAGGAUGGAGCAGGAAAAGUUCAAUGAUUUGGUUUUUGUGCAUUGCAAUCUCCGAUUACAGGCCAUCACUCAAAAUAGGGAUGGAAAAUGUAAACCUAUUAUUUUUGAUGAAAUAGAUGUUAGUUCUGAAUGGCCCACAGAGUCCGAAUCUUCGACUCUUCUCUUGGAUGAUUCCUGGUUAGACAAUCUACCCUUUGAAUGCCGAGGUAGCCCUUCAACUUAUGAAUAAAUCGAAAAAUAUGAAAUAUCUAGCAUGAAGGAAUUGCACGCUACGUGUAUGAUAUUUGAACUUUUUUGGGUUGAUAGAUGUUUUCAAUACCAUGGAAGUUCUGUAACUGCUGUUGCUUUCAAUGCAUUUUACAUUUUAUU